UAAUAUUCAAAACAAAAAAAAAUACAAAUUAGACUCAUUUCUCUCAGCCUUAAAAAUAGCUUCACGCCGGUUUGUUUCACCGCCGUUGUUCUUCUUCUUCUUCCUCUGCUCUAUCUGUCCCAAACUCACAAAUCUCCGUCGAUUCAUUCCUCCCAGUGAAAAAGAAAAAUGGCUUUUUGCAGUAAGCUAAGCCGACUCGUGAGGCAGAGUGAGAACGCUUCCAUGAUUGGGUCUAUCAGGUCUUUCUCUGCGGAGGCCACUCACCAUAGAUACCACCAGGAGACUCACAACUUUCUUGAGCCAGAAAGCUAUAUUGGUAGCUGGGAAGCUCCAAAGGAUCCGAAAGACGCAGAUAGGAGAGAUUAUGCAAAGAAAGUUACAGUGUAUCGUAAUGAGUACAUUCAUGAGAUUGAGAUGCUUCGUGUUGAGAAGCAGGCUAAGGAUGAGGCUAGGUUGUUGGCUGAACGAGCUGCGAAUGAGGAGAGGAGACGGUUGAAGGCUGAGGCUGCUAAGGUUAGGGCUGAGGAACGUAAGAUUUUUUUUUGCAGAAACGUUGUUAUAAAAACAAAAUUGAAAUAUCUGACGUAAUAAAAAAAUGUAAAA